AUGCGGGCGCUCAUCGCACUUCUUGUGCUCGCCGGCAGUGUGCAAGCCUGGUAUCUGCCCGGCGCCGCGCCGCGUUCCUUCUCGCCCGGCGACGUCGUCUCCUUCACCGUCAAUGCCCUCACGCCGCUCGCCUCUUCUCCCGGCGUGCCUCCUGCGUCUGCACAAGGCACGGCCGCGCAGGCUAGCGUCGUAAAAGGCAUCACUAGCUACAAUUACUACGACGAGCGCUUUGGGUUCUGCCGCCCAGAAGGAGGACCGAGCGCCAUUGGAGAGGGAUUGGGGAGUGUGUUGGCGGGCGAUAGACUGUUUGAUAGUCCGAUUCAGCAGCAGUACGCCGUCAACUGGCUCGUCGACGGCCUGCCCGUCGCUACGAAGCGCGUGGCGGAUCGCACACAUGAGACUUACUAUCAAAUCGGCUUCCCUCUAGGGCGUCUGUUCGACGACUACAUGGCGCCGCUGCCCUCGCCGGCACUGCACAACCACUUUGAUGUGUACCUCGAGUACCAUCGGCGCAGCGACAAGGAAUACCGCAUCGUCGGCGCCACGGUGUUUCCGUGGAGCCGCGACUCGCUCAAGGGCAACGGCGACAUCGAUUGCAAGACGGAUAAAAUGAUGAUUCUCGGCCCCGGCUCGGGCGCAGAAGGAGGAGGGGAGAGAAAGGUCGCUUAUACCAUGAAUACGUACUGGAAGGAGAGCGCCACGCCCUGGGCUACGCGCUGGGACAACUAUCUUCGUGUCUUCGAUCCGCGCAUCCACUUCUUUGCGCUAUGCAACAGUGUCAUUGUGGUUGUGUUCCUCAUCGUCAUGGUGGCGAUGAUCCUCACGCGCAGCGUCAAGCGCGACAUUAGCCGAUACAAUGCGAUUGACCUGGAUGAGGAUGUCCAGGAAGAGUACGGCUGGAAGUUGAUCCACGCCGACGUCUGCCGGUCGCCCACUCGGCCGCUGCUGCUCUGCGUCAUGGUCGGCACGGGCGCGCAGCUGCUCGGCAUGGCGUCCGUGACGCUGCUCUUUGCGCUCCUCGGCUUUCUCUCGCCCUCCAACCGCGGCGCGCUGGGCACGACGAUGGUCGUGGCGUGGACGCUCUUUGCGUCGCUCGCCGGAUACUUUGCCACGCGCCUGCACAUUUCCUUUGGCCGAGAGGAGUGGAAGAAGUGCGUCGCUCUGACGGCGACGUGCUUUCCGGCCGUCGUCUUCGCUUCCAUUCUAGCGAUCAACUUCUUCCUGCUCGUCUCCUCCUCCUCUGGCGCCAUCCCCUUUGGCACGCUCCUGGCGCUCGUGGCGCUCUGGUUCCUCAUCUCGCUGCCCCUCACGCUGGCGGGCGCGUUCCUCGGCAUCCGCCACGGCGGCUAUCGCGCGCCCACGCGCGUCAAUGCCAUUCCCCGCCAGAUUCCGCCGGCGCAGUGGUACCUGCAGCCGCUGCCGGCGGCGCUCAUGGCCGGCGUGCUGCCCUUUGCCGCCGUCUUCCUGGAGCUGUACUUUAUGCUGAAUUCGCUCUUCGGCUCACGCGUCUACGUGGCAUUUGGCUUCUUGGCCCUCACCUUUCUCGUCACGGCCCUCACCACGGCCACCGUCACCAUCCUCUACACCUACUUUGCCCUCUGUGCCGAAGACUACCGCUGGCACUGGCGCGCCUUCCUCACGGGCGGCGGCAGUUCCUUCUGGCUCUUCACCUACGGCCUCUUCUACUGGGCCACGCGUCUCUCGUUGCCCGGCCUCUCGACCAAGAUUCUCUUCCUCGGCUAUCUCUCCCUCCUGACGCUGCUCAACUUCCUGCUCUUUGGUGCGUGCACGAUUGGCUGGGCAGCCAGCUUCUUUGCGGUGCGGCGCAUGUACACGGCGGUGCGCGUCGACUAG